AUGGCUCAAACAAAAAGUUUAAUUUCGUCCAUAUUUUCACAAUUUGCUGAUGAUUAUGAAGUUUAUGUUGAUUAUGGAAAAGGACGACCAAUUAAAAUGAAAAAUAAUGAAGCAACAUUUAUAGAUGUAGAAAAAUUUCUUAUUGAACAAAAUCGUUUGCCAAAAUCGAUUAAUAAUAAAAAACCAAACAAAAUUUUUAAAUUAAUUUUUUCUAGUUCAACACGUGAAAUUGUUCCUUAUUCGUAUUCUGGUAAAUCUAGCAAAGAAAAUACUAAUCGUAAUUAUCCAUCAACAUAUACACCUAAUUGUUCAAGUCAAGAUUCAUCAUCAGCUCGAAUCGAACCAACAAUAAUCUAUGAUGAAAUUUGGUUAUCAAAUAAACAAUAUAAUAAACGUGUAGCUGCAUUUAUUGAUCAUGUCCAUGAAAAAUUUAUGGAUAAAAACACAGAAAUAUCUAAUGAACAUAAAUCAUUAUGUUCAUCAUCUGCUUAUAAAGUAUCUACAAGACAAAUUAUUUAUAAAGGAAUCUAUCCAACAAAAAUUGAAACAAAUUUAUGCUUACGUAUUGCUGUUAAUGGUGUAUCAAAAUCUAUGCGAGGACAAUUACCAUUAUCAAAUUUAAAUUUAAAUGACGGAGAUUUCGGCGAUGAUGCUGGAAUGAUUGUUGACAAUCGAAACUUUUGUUUUGUUGGUCUAGCUGACGGUGCUGGUGGUAAUCGUUCAUAUGGAAUAAAUCCAGCUGAUUUUUCUCGAGCUAUUUUAGCAGCUUGUGAAAAAAUUCUGCAUCACAGUAAAUUAAAACCUAAUCAAUUACCACGAUUAAUUAAAUCAGCUUUGCAACGAUUAGAAACAAGCGAGGUUCAAGGUAGUAGUACAUUAUGUUUACUUGCAUUGGAUAAGCAAGAACAUACAUUAACAUCAUUAAAUAUUGGUGAUAGUGGAUUUGUUAUUUAUCGUAAUAAUGAAAUAUACUGUCGAUCAACAUGUACAAUGAAUUCACAUAAUUCUGGGCCGAUACAAUUAUUUGCUCUUAAUGAUUGGAUUGGUUUAUCUUGUUUUAUGAAUGAAACUAAAUUUCUACAAGAUUGUUUAUUAGAUAAUGUUAAAGUUCGAAAAGGUGAUAUUAUUAUAUUAUCUUCUGAUGGUUUAUGGGAUGUAAUUGAAUCUGAUCAAUUACAAAAAGUUGUUGAACGUAACAAAAAUAAACAUCUUCAAAAUUUAGCUGAUGAUCUUCUUAAACAAGCAGUUGAUGGAUAUAUUAGUGAUGGUCGAGAUGAUAUUUUAAUUAUAGUCUGUCGAGUUGAUGAAUCAUGA